UAAUAUCGGCGCGGUCCUUUCAAGUUUACAUUUCAACCAAUACACAGAUACACCAGGAUGGAUGACGAUAAGAAGGAAAUUACAGUUACUUUGGAACAAGACGAAGUAGACAUUUGGGCGUUGCCGGAGCUGAAGGAAGAGUACACACCAUGGAAAGAGCUGGACACGGCGGGCCGGCUGAAGAGGGUGCUCCUCCACUACACUAUAAAGAUACUCGGGCUCCUCGCGGCGCUUUACAUCUUCAUCUGUUCCCUCAGUUUUCUCGGAGACGCUUUCAAACUCCUAGGAGGCAAAGCCGCGGGCAAGGCGUUCACAAACAGCGAGCUGCUGUCGAACCCCGUCGCGGGUCUCAUGCUUGGUGUCCUAGCAACCGUGCUCCUUCAGAGCUCCUCAACCACCACCUCCAUCGUCGUUUCAAUGGUCGGCGGCGGCGGACUGCUAAGCGUCCCCCAAGCCAUUCCAAUCGUGAUGGGCGCCAACAUCGGCACUUCCGUUACCAACACAAUAGUCGCCAUCGGCCAGAUCACCAACAAACACGACUUCCGGCGCGCAUUUGCGGGAGCCACCGUCCACGAUAUGUUUAACUGGAUGGCCGUGCUCGUGCUACUUCCGGUGGAAGUUAUUGUAAAGGCGAUCUUCGGUAAAGGAUGGCUAGAAUAUAUAAGCGGGAAAUUGGUGGCGGCCAUGGAACCGGAAACGGACGACAGCCAUGACCAGGACUACCUGAAAGUGAUCACGGAUCCUCUCGUAAAACUUGUUAUACAGCUUGACAAAAAAGUAAUACAGAAAAUCGCCCAUAACGAGUUGGAAACCAACGUAUCGAUUAUAAAACACGACGUAUGCGGGGACGACAAACACUCAAAAUGUACGUUCAUGUUCGAAUACGGGACGCAUCCGCUCCGGGGAGACAGCCAGAUGAGUGACACGGCCGUCGGCAUCAUCCUGCUCUUCAUUUCCCUAGUACUCCUGUGUGUGUGCCUCGUCGUAAUCGUGAAACUGCUCAGCUCACUCUUCCGGGGACAGAUCGCGCACAUCCUCCGGAAGUUCAUUAAUGCCGAGUUUCCCGGAUGUGCCAAAUACUUCACCGGUUACUUAGCUAUCCUUAUAGGGGCAGGAAUGACAGUGCUCGUACAAUCUAGCUCAAUCUUUACGUCAUCCAUCACACCACUGGUCGGUAUCGGCGUGCUUGGUCUAGACCGGAUGUACCCGCUCACACUCGGCUCGAACAUUGGGACUACCGCCACGGGCAUCUUAGCUGCCUUCGCUCAAAAAUCUAACGUCCACUUGGCCAUGCAGAUAGCCAUCUGUCAUCUCCUCUUCAACAUAUGCGGCAUUCUCAUAUUCUACCCUCUGCCCUUCUUCCGGCCGCCUAUCGCAGCUGCCAAGUUUCUAGGAGUUCGCACAUCCAAGUACAGAUGGUUUGCAUUCGUAUACCUUUUGUUUGCAUUCGGCUUGCUCCCGUUAGCAGUGUUUGCGCUCUCCCUGGCUAGUUGGAUCGUGCUGGCUGCCGUUCUUAUACCUAUAGCACUGUUAAUGCUCAUUGUGUUUAUUAUAAAACUCAUACAACACAAGCGACCAAGUCUUCUGCCAGCAAAACUGCGCACGUGGAAAUGGCUGCCUCUGCCGCUGCGCUCCCUGGAGCCGUAUGACCGUGUGGUGAUGUUCAUUGCUUGCGGAUUCCGCUGCUGCAUAGCACUUGGAUGCUGCAAAUACGCAAAGGAAGGCAAGGACGAACUGGUCGAUGCUAAACACGGGAAACAAUAUCAGCUAAAUGAAGACAAUGAAAAGAAAAACGGUGAAAUAAACCCUGUCUUCGUAAACGGUUCUACGAAUGAUAUUAGUACGGACUCGAUCCAUACAAGGCUUUAGAACCAGAUGUUGGUUAAAAUUGUUAAUAGAUUCGUUUGGUGUUUUAAAAUGCAAAGAAGAAGGAAACAUAAGGCGCCCACAUCUAUUGUUUCAAACAUAGUGGUAACAUUCGAAAGUUGAAUGAAGUCGAACUACUUUGGCUCGAAUUCCAAUAAAAACGGCGAAAAUACCUCCAGCCUCGGAAACAUCGAGCCAGGCGGGAAUGUUUACCUUUAGUUAAAGUAAAUCGGCCCUUAACAUCUAGUUCGAGCUAAACGAGGAAUUCGAGCCAAGCGAGUUCGAGUUAACGGGGUUCGAAUGUACCUGAAAUUAAAUCAUUUUGAACACUUUUUGCAGCUUAAUCUUUAUCAUUUGAUGUAAAGAUGCCUUUGGAAAAAGGAUUUUAAACUGUUCCAAGUAAAAGUGAUUCCUGCGCAAUGAUGGUAUCGGCCAUUUAAAGACAUACUCGAAAAAACAUCGAAAUGUGCCAUGGUAAAAUCUGGCAUCUGUGUUUAAACAUCAUAGUUAUUGUUAUAAUACUCACAAAAGCUUUUGUCAAAACAUAAGUGUGCAAAUAUUAAUAUUAUAAGGUUAUAAAUAUGCAUUUAUCACAAUAAAUGGGUAUAUUGCGAAAAAGACGCAAUGUCAUUUAUUUGGAAAGUGCAUACUUAUUACCCUUUAACAAACUUAGUGUUUGAAAUUAUAUGUUGUCUACCGAAAUAGCCGUUGUUGAAUUAUAUCUAUUAACCUCAUUGUAACCAAUUGAGGCUGAUUUACUUAAAUUAUGGCACGCCAGACGUGAAAAUUACCAAACUGCCAUCCAUUUGACAAAAUCUAAUGUCGAACACUAAGGGAUGUUUUAUCGUUACAUUUUGUAAAUAUCUGUUUUAUAGUUUGUAAAUUUAUUUUUCAUCGUUGAAUAUAUUGACCUAUAAAACUUUAAAAGUUAUGCAAUGUGAAAUUUUACGUUUUACUAUCUAUUUAAUAAAUAGCAUAACAAAGUCUUA